AAAAAACCUGGUAACCCUACGUUACGAUGUUGAUGCAACUGUUGAACUAAACACAAUUAAAUUAACACCAAUCUAUAGAGAAGCAUGGCCUCCUCUACUGGUCUUCUGGUCGUGUCCAACAUCAAGCACUUGGGAAAAUCCCUGCGUGCCAUUGAGAAGUACGUCAAUUCCCUGUACAUCCACUUAAAUGUAACGGGGUCAACGUCCACGGCGUCACCAAAUUUACCGCCUCCUCCGGUUUGGGGUCGUCUAAUUUCCCAGCUCUAUGCGAACAGCAGCAGUUAUGUGGGUAACCAGUUGGACCUGCGGGUCCUUGUCUCGCCUCUUCGGCCAGGCGGAAGUGGAUCCUUAAAGUUGCGGCAGCCCGUAGACCUGAUAUUUUCGGAUGCACAUCAUCCGGAACUAUGUGACCGGUUGCGGGCGGAUCUUAACAUCAGCAAGCCCACCAUCUUCCUUGAGGAUACGGCCAUCUCAGAUUUAAGUGCCCAACAGGACGCCUCGCAGGCUCCGAAGAUGUAUCCCUCGGUUGUCCUUGGCGGAACCUUCGACCGCAUCCAUUUGGGCCACAAGAUAUUCCUCACCCAGGCGGUUCUGCGUACAUGCAAACGUCUGGUGGUGGGCGUGACGACCUCCACCAUGACGAAGGGCAAGACUUUGCCGGACUUGAUUCUGCCCGUGGAGGAGCGUAUUGCCCGCCUAAGAGAUUUUCUCAUGGACAUAGAUAGCUCACUGCAGUACGAAAUUGUGCCGAUCGACGAUCCCUUCGGACCUACGCAAGUGGAUCCCGAUCUGGACAUGAUCGUGGUCAGUGCGGAGACGCUGCGAGGUGGUCAAAAGGUCAAUGAGAUACGGUCAUCUAAGCAGCUGCGGGAGCUGGAAAUCUUUGUGAUCGAUAUUGUGGAGAGCAACGUGCAUGAUGGCAUCCACGAGACAAAGGUUAGCUCGAGUAACACAAGGAUUGAUCUGCUGGGUACUCGCUGGCGAAGACCGGAUCAGCGCCCACAGCUUCCGACGCGUCCUCACAUCAUUGGAUUAACAGGUGGCAUCGCCUCCGGCAAGAGCAAGAUGGCCGAGAGAUUGGGCGCAAUGGGCGCCCAUGUCAUCGAUUGCGAUAAGGUAGCCCACGAUGUGUAUGAACCGGGUCAGGUGUGCUACGAACGGAUUGUGCAGCAUUUUGGACAGGGCAUUGUUGCCGCAGACGGCCGCAUCGAUCGCUCGAAACUGGGGCCCGUGGUAUUUGCCGAUCCCAAGCAGCUGCAGGCCCUCAACGCGAUCGUCUGGCCGGAACUCAUCGCAGAGGUCAACAAACGGCUAGAUAUACUACGUUCCCAAGCCGAUACGCCUCGUGUGGUGGUCCUGGAGGCUGCGAUACUCCUUCGAGCGGGCUGGGAGUCCAGUUGCCAUGAGGUGUGGUCCAUGAUUGUGCCCCCCGAUGAGGCUGUUCGCCGAAUAAUAGACCGCAACAACCUCAGUGAGGAAGAGGCCAGGAAGCGGCUGGCCAGUCAGGUGCCCAACACGGAGAUAGUAGCCAAGUCUCACGUGCUUUUCAGCUCUCAGUGGGAUCACGACUUUACCCAGAAACAGGCGGAGCGGGCCUGGCAAAUGCUCACCAAAGAACUGGACUCGCAUUAGAGCAGCCUAUAACACCAAUUGAUAUUCAUAUUACCUGGUAACGAUUGUUGAACCUUUUUUGUAUGAUUCUUUAUGCCUUUGUUGUACAUUGCUUAGUUGUAAGUCGAAAGUUAAAGAGAAAUGCCGGGAUGUCAAUGGGAAA